GGUGCCAGGUUCCAGUCUGGACUUCCGGUUGGUGAGAUUUCGACCGUUAGCGCAAAUUUUCUCAGUGCGAGUGAGGCAUGGCACCUGUAUGAGGGACAUCUGGUCGGACAGCUCUUGUCAUCAAUGCCUUCUUCGAAAAUGCUUUUUAAUGUAAUUAAAUAUAUAUAUUUAUUACCAGGUGAUAAUUCCAUUAUCUCCAUAAUUUAAUUUUUGUUUUCUCGAGAGAAUAAUUUUGAGGAUUGGGGAAGAGGCGACGGCGAGGUGUCCAGUUUUUUUAAAAAAAAAUAUAAUAAUAAAAUUUAGGGAAUAAAUACAUGAUGAAGAAGUUUAAUUUCCGCAAGGUGUUGGACGGUUUGACAGCGGCGUCUUCGCCGGCUCACCCUGGCAGCGGUGGACUCGGAUCCGGGGCAGGGGGCAGUGGAGGCGGUGUCAGUAGCGGAGGAGGCAGCGGCAGUGGUAGCGGCGGCGGUGGUACCUCGGGAGGAGGGAGAGGAGGAGCUGGGGAUGCGGAAAUACCCGAGACACUCACGUCGGAUCACUUCCAGAUCUGUAAGACUGUACGUCAUGGCUUCCCCUGCCAACCGACGGCCUUAGCUUUUGAUCCAGUGCAAAAAAUUCUGGCCAUUGGGUGCCGCACAGGAGCUCUACGAAUACUAGGUCGUCCUGGAGUUGACUGCUACUGCCAGCAUGAUAGUGGGGCAGCUGUACUGCAGCUUCAGUUCCUGAUAAAUGAGGGAGCUUUAGUAAGUGCAUGUGCAGAUGACACACUUCAUCUGUGGAAUCUUCGGCAAAAGCGCCCAGCUAUUCUUCACUCGCUUAAAUUCAACAGAGAGAGGAUUACCUGCUGCCAUCUCCCUUUCCAGAGUAAAUGGUUAUACGUGGGAACAGAGCGAGGAAACAUGUAUGUUGUAAAUAUUGAGUCUUUUGUCCUGUCGGGAUACGUCAUCAUGUGGAAUAAAGCAAUAGAACUGUCUACAAAAACUCACCCUGGCCCUGUUGUUCAUUUAAGUGACAGCCCAAGGGACGAGGGGAAACUCCUCUUGGGGUUUGAAAGUGGAACGGUUGUAUUGUGGGACGUGAGGUCAAAGAGGGCAGAUUUUAGGUUUUAUUAUGAUGAGGCUAUCCAUUCUAUCAGCUGGCAUCACGAAGGGAAGCAAUUCAUGUGUAGCCAUUCAGAUGGUAGCUUAACUCUUUGGAACUUGAAAAACCCAAGCAAACCUUUUCAGAUAAUAGUACCACAUGGUAAAGUCCAGCGAGAUGGUAAGAAACCUGAGUCUUGCAAACCAAUCCUAAAAGUAGAUCAUAAGACUUGCAGAAAUAGUGAACCAUUUAUUAUUUUUUCUGGAGGACUUUCCUAUGAUAAAGCAUGCAGAAGACCCAGUCUGACGAUUAUGCAUGGCAAAUCCAUUACAGUUCUGGAAAUGGAUUACCCCAUUGUGGACUUCCUAACUCUUUGUGAAACACCAUAUCCAAAUGAAUUCCAGGACCCUUAUGCAGUAGUUGUACUACUUGAGAAAGAUCUGAUUGUUGUUGAUCUUACACAAAACAAUUUUCCCAUCUUUGAAAACCCGUAUCCAAUGGAUGUGCAUGAAUCUCCAGUGACUUGUUCUGAGUAUUUUGCAGAUUGUCCUCCUGAUUUGAUACCUGCCCUCUAUUCUGUGGGAGCCAAACAACAAAAAAAGCAGGGAUAUAGCACAAAGGAAUGGCCAAUUGGUGGUGGUACAUGGAAUUUGGGUGCACAAACAUAUCCUGAAAUCAUCAUAACAGGGCAUGCAGAUGGCUCUUUGAAGUUCUGGGAUGCUUCUGCCAUAACUCUUCAAGUAUUAUACAAGCUGAAAACCUCCAAAGUGUUUGAAAAACAGAAGGUGAAAGAUGGAAAGCAGACUGCAGAGAUUGUUGAGGAGGAUCCUUAUGCCAUACAGAUGAUCAGUUGGUGUCCAGAGAGCAGAAUUUUUUGUGUUGCUGGCAUCUCAGCACAUGUUAUUGUUUAUAGAUUUAGCAAACAUGAAGUUACAGCUGAGAUAUUGGCUCUUGAGCUACGAUUACAGUAUGAAGUUGAAGACAUUGUUACUCCAGAACCUGAAUCUGUGCUGCCAUUCACUGAUGCAUCUUCUCAGCUUUCAUUUUCAAAGACUCCAGCAUUAUCUGGUAGUGCAAAUACAUUAACACCAGAGGGAGUGAAAGACAGCAUCCCAUGCCUCAAGGUGAAAACUCGUCCUGUCAAAAUGGCUCCUGGAUACCAGGCUGAUCUCAUCAUUCAGCUGGUAUGGAUUGAUGGGGAACCACCUCAACAGAUCACCAGCCUAGCAGUUAGUUCUGCCUAUGGCCUUGUGACAUUUGGAAACUGCAAUGGUUUGGCGGUUGUGGACUUUAUGCAGAAGACGAUUCUACUUAGUAUGGGAACCAUUGAGCUUUAUGGUACAAGUGACCCAUUUCAACGGCACCUUAAAUCUCCCCGUAAGAGCAAACAGCUCACUGCAGAAAAUCUUUGCAUGCGUGGCCUGUCUAGUUUGUACUCACUGAAACGGCUCCGUACAUCUUAUCAGAGCUUGACUGAACUUGCGGAUAGCCCUGGAUCACUAGAGGUCGAACGCUGCAAAUCACCCACCUCAGGUAGAGUAAAAGGACCAAGAAAGUUAAGUCUGCCGACAGAUCUUAAGACUGAUCUCGGGUCUGUGAAAGGUUCCUGUUUUGAAGGGAAAACAGCUGUUUCAAAGAACUCAGUGAAAGCUUUUGAGAAGACUAGAACAAUAUUUGAAGAUCACAUCAACGGAGUGUGCACAAGCCCUACAUCCCAACCCUGCAACACUGGGAAGCGCCUUUCCAUUGCAGAUACUUCAAAACUGAACCGUCGUGGACCAGGGCGACCACCUUUUCGAAAAGCACAGUCUGCUGCCUGCAUGGAAAUCUCAUUGCCUCUCACCCACACAGAAGAAAGUAAAGAAAAUUCUUUUAGUCGGUCACGAAGUUCCAGCGUCUCCAGCAUUGACAAAGAAUCAAAGGAAGCCAUAACUGCUCUGUACUUCAUGGAGUCCUUCAGCCGAAAGAUGGACUCGACCCUCUCGCCGUGCCUAUGGGUUGGUACCAGUUUGGGUACAGUCCUAGUUAUCUCAUUGAACCUUCCUCCGGAGGAGCAAAGAUAUUCGGAGCCACUUAUGGUCUCUCCCAGUGGCACUGUUUUAAUGUUGAAAGGAGCCAUAUUAACAUUUUCUUCCUUGGAUUCUCUGGGUGGUCUAAUACAUCCCCCAUAUGAGGUGUGGAGAGAUCCAAACAGUGAAGAUAAAGAUGAUAAAGGACGGAAAAGAAAACUAGUAAGAUUUUCACCAUCUUCCUCUCAGGAGAUGGCAGACCACCAGUAUGUAGUGCUCUGCUCUGAAAAACAAGCCAAACUUUAUUCCCUUCCUUCUCAAUGCUGCUUGUAUGUACACAAUAUCACAGAGACUUCCUUUGUAUUACGAGCAGAUGUGGUAACGAUGUGCAAUAGCGUCUGCCUGGCUUGCUUCUGUGCUAAUGGACAUAUUAUGACCUUAAGCUUGCCAAGCCUUAGGCCAUUGCUGGAUGUAAACUACCUGCCAUUAACUGAUAUGAGAAUAGCUCGGACUUUCUGCUUUACAAAUGGUGGACAGGCUCUGUAUCUGAGUUCACCCAGUGAAAUCCAGCGAAUUACCUACAGUCAAGAGAUGUGUGAAAAUCUUCAGGAAAUGCUUGGAGAUUUGUUUACUCCUAUUGAAACUCCAGAGGCCCAGAACAGAGGGUUUUUAAAGGGGUUGUUUGGAGGAAGUGGACAAACGUUUGAUAGAGAAGAGUUAUUUGGAGAGGCUUCGGCAGGCAAGGCAUCUCGGACUCUUGCUCAGCACAUCCCUGGACCUGGUGGGCUUGAGGGAGUUAAGGGUGCUGCAUCUGGAGUUGUCGGUGAUCUAGCCCGUGCUCGUAUUGCUUUAGAUGAACGUGGACAAAGACUAGGGGAACUGGAAGACCGAACUGCUGCUAUGAUGGCGAGUGCAGAGACCUUCUCCAAACAUGCACAUGAGUUGAUGCUCAAAUGCAGAGAUAAGAAGUGGUAUCAGUUCUGAAGACAUCAAGAACAGUCAACUAUGUGUUAAUUCAAUAAUGCCAUUCAGGGAAAUGGAUGUUGUCUCCUUCCAUUGGUUGCUGGAAAGGAAAUGGCUUUUCUCCUCCAAAACUCCUAUUCUCAAAAAUAAUUUGAAAAAUAACUUGACUCCUUCUGUUUCGACAAAUGAAAGAACAAAAGCUUAGUAUGAGGUCUCAGUCCAUUGAGACUAGGAUUUUAUCCUCGAAGCUUAUGUUUCCAUUUCACCAAACUGCAAUAGAGGACUCCCACUUUAUUUAACUAGAGCUUUUUCCUCACUCAGAGUAGGGGAAGGCAACCCAGUAGCAACUUGUACAGAUUUGAAUGAUAAUGCUCUUAUAGAAAAUAGACUUACUUUAAUACCUUGCAUGGAAAAAAUACCAUCCUUAUGAUAAACAAAAGCAUGUUAUUAUGGAGACUGGAGGGGAUGGAUUUCAUUUCUAGCUUUGACAGAAUACAAAGAGAAAACAAGAAAAAUAUUUCUAUUUUUAAAUCUGCAUAGCAAAGCCAAAACUGGCAUGUGAACUGCAACAGAAAAUUGACUGUUUGAUGGCUGAAUGAAUGAAUGUUUGGAUGUGCUGUUCAACAAACUGGAAACUGUUGAAUACCAGAUAACCUGGCAGUGAAUCUUUAAAUUUCAUUAAAACUUCCCUUAGCUACAGAUUCUGCUUUGCAUUAGCAUAUUGCUCUGGUAUGAUAAAGAAUAUGCAGCAUGAUUGAUGUUAACUACAAUAGAGCAGAAGGUCAACCAUUAGAUUUGUUUCUUGAUUACUCUGUUACAGGGUGUAAUGGAUAUUUUUUUCUUUGAGAACUUGGGCAAACUGGAGUCUAUCAAAUUGUCAAUAUUUUAUUCUGCAAGCAUUUUUAUGGCAAACAGUCAUUAUUCAGGUUGCAGAAGGUUAUGUACUUUGAGGAGUUGGAUAAUUUAUGUGCUAAGAGGCAAACAUUCUAUGGCAUCCCACUCUCCUUCACCACUAACACAAUCUCAGUUUACUUCACUUGGAUUGGUUGGAAGAAAGACAGGAGGAAAAAUUUAAAUUAACUUUAAAUCAGAACCUCUCUGUAGCAUAACCUUGUGCAUAAGUCAAGUAUUGCUCAUAUAUCUAAAAUGAAACUGACAUUGUUCACUCCAUGGCUCCAUAUAAACAUGUACUGAUGACCAAAACAUUAAGCAAAAUAUGGCAUAUUCUGGAACGUUUACAGCAUUUUCUGUUUUAAUCACUGAUGCAAAGAUGGUGAUACGAUAAUAUCAAGUUCAAUUUGCAUCUCUUUGCUCCCAAGGGCUUUGCUGCUUACAAGUACAAAAGUUCCACAAUCAAAACUAGAAUUUCACAUUCGGAGUGACACAUGCAUGGAGUCCAUCUGUUUUGCUGUCUCCAAAGUACACAGUUCAACAGAGCUCAUGUUAUCAGAUUUACAAAUAAGUACAUUGUACAUUCUCUCCAAUAUCAACAUCACAGUUUUAACACUGCAUUGGCAUUUGAUUGCAAUUUACAUUGCUGUCAGUUUGCUUUAUAAUUGGAUGAACUGACUGAUUGCUUGAUGGUUCCUUAUUUCUACCAAUCCAUUCACAAUGUAAAUCCUGUGAAGAUCCCAGUUAAUCUGGGCCAGGAUAGCCAGAACUGAAUGAUCCAUCACCAUUUGUAUGGAGUCCGAUUGUCAAAAUGAUGUACUCUGUUGUGGAUUUCUUGCCUGGUAUGUGGUGAUUUUUUUUUAAGGUGGGGCAAUCUGUGCCAGUUUCAUUUUAAUCUCUGACAUAAAAGUUAGGGUUUGUAUUUGUGCCUUGUGUUAAAUGUUACAGUGUCUUGAUCUUUUGGAACACUUAUACUGCAGAUUUACUUUAGAUGUAUUUUUCCCCCAAAUGUUGAGAAGAUGGUGGUUAAUAUGUUUCAAUUGAAAUCAUGUAUUACAAUACUUGACCCUUUAAUUUUAUACACGGAUAUUGCAGAGAAAUGCUUUCAACUCUAAUGAUUAUGCAGGAUUAAAUGAAGCUAACUUUUCCCCCGAUCCCAUUCUCACCAGGACAUCAUCAGAACACUAAAAAUUCCCUCAUUUAUUGCCACUGCACCAACGAUCUUGCCCAGUUCAAAUUAGCCUUUAUAUAGACAAAUUAAUGCUGGUUUCACUCUAUUAUCAUCAAAGCAUAAUCAAUAAAGCACCAAUUAUUAAAGAAAGCUGCCUAUAAAGUUCUCUACCCCUUUCUAAGGCAUAGACUUCUUUCUUUUCUGCCAUCGAUUGCUAAUGACAUCCACAAGUUGUGAUGUCGUCAAGUCAUCUCACUGACAGUAAAUGAGGAAGGAAAAAAAAGCACAAUUUUUAGAUACCAUUCAAAAUAUUUUACAGAACAUUAACUGAAAAUUGGAACAGAGAGAAAGAAUUGUGUGUAAACUAGAAGCAGACAACAUAAAAAAUCUUGUUGAAGAAUGCUUUUAACUCAAAAUACAUCAUUUGAAAUACAUGAGGGAAUUACAAUCCAUAAAUUUAAUUUUUUUUUAGGGAUAGAAAGUAGAAAUUAUAGCUUGGUAAGCCACUAAAAUCUCCAAUCUCAUGCAACAAAGCAUGAUAUUUAGGAUAUUUCCUAGUGAGACUAGUCUGCAUAUGUAAUCUUUGUCAAUUCAUUUAAUUUCCUUUGAAUACUGUUGAGAAGGCAACAAAACAGCUGAACAUUUGGAGGAAGGCAGAAAUAAUGGCAGCAACUUUGGGAUUUCCAUAUAAACAAUGUAUGUAAAUGCUGAAUUUGUUGUCAGUUUUGUGUCGUAAUGACAGCAAAUGCUAUUUAUUUGAGUGCUAUUAUAACUGCACAAUCUAGUCUGAGUAUAUUUUGGGACAUUCAAAGAAUAAAGUGUUGAGAACUAUGGUAUUGAGGCAUUAUAAAGUCUACUGAGAAUACUUUAAUCAUCUACAGUUCUAGUCUAUUCAAUGCUGCCCCUUAAUCCAGUUUCAGUCAGAACUAUCUUCCGUUCCAUUCCCAUUUUUAUCAAUCCCUUUCCAAACCAUCAAUAAGAGGUAUAAUCAUUAGUUUCUCUCGUUUUAUUUUAUUUUCUUUCUCCCUCAAAUUUCUUAUAUCAGGAGCUAACCAUGUGGGAAAUCAAGCUUCGUUAGAAUAAUGUGUGUAUAGUAUUCAAAUUAUAGAAAUUCCCUACAAUUCGAGACUUGGUUAACUAUAUAUAUAUAUAUUAUAUAUAUAUAUAUAUAUAUAUAUAUAUAUAUAUUCCUGAUUUAGGAAAAAUACAGAACAUAUUGCAAACUAUGAAAAGGUUUGCGCUGUUCUGUGGGCAUUAGGUUCAAAUUUUAUCAUAGGUGUUGAUUCCUUUUACUUGCUAAAUUUUCAUGUUCAAAGUCCCAUUUCCCCAUAGAGCAGUCUUCAUGUAGAUGAACAAUUUUAGCUGGACUGUGGGUUAAUCAUAUUGCCACUCUACGAUAUCCCUGUCACAUUUUUUGUGGAAAGUCAACAGCUGCAAAAUGUUCGAUUUUGCACUGUAACUGAGAAAAUUCCCAUUGCUAGGUUAACCAAACCCACUUUAUUUCUCUUAUUUGUCAUUUGCAAUUAUUAUUAAAAUAAAUCUCCAGUCUGAAGAUCCAUAGUUUGAAAAUAGGCAAAAUUCAAAUGCUUGUGUUUUCAGGACUGACACCAGAGUGAGAUGCUGUGGGCUACCAUACUCCACAUAUUUGGGUAAAUGUAAUAGAUAUUUGUAAAUUUUUGGAAUUACACAUGUAUAACGUUUACAGGCUACAUCUGAUAUACAAAAAUACCACCUUUAAAGAUUGAUAUUGAUUGGUAAUUAAAAUUCAUAUGUGGAGUUCGUCAGGGUCCCAAGAAUUGGACUGAAGGUCUGUAUUGUUUUGAUUUAUUUUAAAAAAUGUUCAAUUGGUAGGAUGGUCAACUAACUUCAAAUCAUUCUACCAUUAGUUCUAUUAUAUUACACACUAUUAUCUUUUUACAAAAAGCUGCCAAUUUAAAUUUAAUGUUUUCCAUAUGUUACAUGUUCUCUUCAGUUCAGUGAAGAUGUCCCUAUAUCUGUAGUUAGAAAUAUUGGUGCUAGAUCUCAUUAAUUUUGCACAAAUAAAGGACCAUAACCUUUUGUUAUUACACACUCAGGUACACCAUAGAAACAAUGAAAAUGUCUUUCAAAUCUGAAUUACUCCUUUGUGCACCAAGUCAUUUGAUUUAGCUACUUUGGUUUUUUUUGGUAGAUUUUCAUUUCCUAAACAGAAUUCAUUAUUUCUUUUACAAGACAGAUACAAAUGCCUUUUUGAUAUUUUGAUGGUAAUCAUCUUUGUGAGACUGCAUGACAACAAAUCAGAUGCAAUUGCAUCCUGCACUCUGGCUUAAAAUCUCUUGGGCUCAAAUCAAAUGACACUCUCUGUGAAGGAAUGAAUAAAAUCCAAACUCAUCUUUGCGGUGUGCUCUCAGAUAAUAUCACAUUUUUAGGGAACCUUGAAAGCAUUUCAUGGCACUUUAAUGGUCUGUGAAACAAUUAGUUGUAGCAUUUUAAAUGAUAAUCAGCAAGAAAAGCACUUUAUUAUUAAGCCCAUCACUGUAACAUUUUUAUCAUGGUUAUGACUACCAAAGAUAGAGAUAAUUGCUCAGUGGUGGCAGGACUUAUUGAUGUUCUUUCAUGCAUGUGCAAUCCCCAUGCCAGUGAAAUAUGACUUCCUUGUACAAGUGAAAGAAUACAAUAAUCGCCAUCAUCCAUGAUGUAUUAUGUUUAUUCUCUGCAGGUAAUAAAUUGGUUAAGACAUUUUAAGUUAUCUUAGAAUGCCACAUUUGCAUUCCAAUGAUUGUAUUCAUUUCAUAUAUUUAUUAUUUCACCGAUACUUUUUAUCACUGUCCAGAAAAAUAUUGUUCAUUGCUUCAGAAUAAACCAUUAUAGCAAGGGAGAACUUCCAAAAUUGUUUAACUGUCUAGUAAUUUACAGUUGUGUGAAAAUUGUGACAAAAUUCAAUAUAAGCAAAACACUUCAAAUUUAUUUUAGUGAUUAUAUUAUGCCUUGAGUGAUUCAACGAUAAAUAAAAAAAAUCACUAAAGACGAGUUCGUUAACAAACCUCAAUUGUGUUUCACUAUAUCACUAAUAGACGUUUCAGAGUGGAUAUGACCAUUUUCAGAUUGAGUUAAUUUCAACCACUAAGAAAGAAAGAUCAUUUUGUUUCCUUCUAAAGUAAUUGAUUAGUCAUUCUCAUGGGUUAAAGAAUCAUUGAUGCAUCUGUGUAGAUGUAUACAGAUGUUAGUUAUUGGUUGAUUUCAACACACAGUGAUCAUUUCGAUACUUCCUUUGCUAGAUGCUGAAUAAGUAGGGUUAAUUGUGCAGGCUUUUGUGAUAGCUUCAGGAAAAAUCUGCCAUUACUCUGCAUCUGGUUCCUUAUUUUUAGGCAUUGAACUUCAUUUCCAAAUGUCUUUUUUGUUCAGGGGAAUAUGGUGGGUUGUUUAUCAUAAGCUGUCAGAGAUAAUGUUCGUGCUGCAUGUUAAUUGGCCUUAUGUAGUAGCCUUCUUUUGGAGUUAGCAUAUGCUCAUUUGAUUUUGAUGCUGGCCUUUCAAUGUGAUGCAGAACUGAGUCCAAAUAUUCUGUUCAGCUGUCCAUUACAGGAGCUCAGUAUUCCUUCAGCCACAGUUCAUGGAAUGGGAUCAGGCACACACAGAAAUAAGGGAACAGGAUGUUGAUAAGAACAAUAUGCACAUUUGUGUGAUGCUGUUGUCUGAUUCUGACACAAAAUACCAGCCAUCAAGAAACAGGUCUGCAACAAAAUUUGGGACAAUUACCAGUGCAGUGGUAAGUUUUGUGAUUACUUGGCACAUUUUCAAUCGCAUUGUUGCCCAAAUUUUAAGCACAAAUGGGGCAAUAAGAAUUGCCAUCACUAUCUUUUUUUUGUCUUUUAAAUCAUGAUACUAAGAGCAGCACUUGGAUUUUGAAAUUAGAUCAUGGGAAAUGCACUAGAUUGCCUUUCUUUGUAGAUUUCUCUCUAUUCCUUUUCAUUCCCCAGCAGGUUUAUCAUAACAUUGAGGAAUUCUGAGUAUAUCUAUACAUUGCUGUUUAUAGUGAAGCUGACCAGAUCCCACCAAUGUGUUGUGUUAUUGAGUCUUCCAGUGCCCUAUUCUGCUUAUUGGUAUGUAAUUUAGUCAGCAAAUGAGUGAGCAAGAACAUAUGUUGUGGUGCUUGAAUAAUUAUUUGAAGUACCUUAGUACACGUAGCAACAUCUAAGGCUAUGGAACCUUCAUUGUCUAUAAGUAGUGACUCCUUGCAUAGCAGCCAGAUGCUAGAUUGCUUUUUUAAUUAUUCUAUUUCUUUAAGAAUCCUUUGCAGUCUAAGCAGUUGUCAUGUAUCAAUUGCUCAAGAUGGUUGUCAUGGAGGCUCUUUAAAGGUACCACUUGAGAAAGAAUUUGAUUUUAUUUUACUUUAAAAAUAUAUUGAAUCGAGUCAUUUUUCAGUUUAGAUUGUUGCAUGUAUCACUUCAAUGAGUGUGGACAUUAAGAGACACUCACUGAUGUUGCUAAUGCAUACAACCUCACUAGCACUUCAUUGGUAAUUAGUAAUUACAGCAUUGCUCAAAAAGAAUGUGUUAUUAUAUAUAUUCUGUGGACUGUUUAAAUAUUUAUGGGCUUUGUAUUAACAAUAGUGUGUUAGAAACAAACACCAUACUGCUUCAUACCAAUUGAUAAGAUACUGUAUGUGUCUCCUUCUACUGAUGCACUGAGGGAAGGAACAGUCUAUCAUUAACAUCUUUACAAGGGGUGAAUGGAAAUAAUAAAAAUGGUGGAAUAAUGGUGAUUCUGUGAAUAUUUAGCCCACAGCCUCCUUUUCUGUAUACAACAAUGACCAACUCUGAUCAACUGUGAAAGCAGUUUUGUGUAUGAAUUUUGAAUGGUUAGAAGAAGUAGUGGAUGGAGGGAGCGGGUGGUUCAAUUUUCUGCUGUCAAUAUCCAUUCAAGAUGUUUCUUAUUUUUGUACCAUAACUAAACAAAGUUUUAUUUAUUUGAGGCUUGUUCCAGAAAAUACUAGUCUCACAAAUGAUGUUUGUAAGCUUCUCUGAUGAUAUCACCACAUGAUGUUUCAGAUCAAAAGAGGCUUUCUCAUCCUUGUGUAAAUUUGGGUAGUUAUCAGUCCAGAAGCCUGCAUGUACAGGGCUUGGAAAUAGUGGUGCCACAUUCCAAAAAUAAGCAUAGCAAUAUGAAAUGCAGUUAAACACUUUUAUAAAUACUUAGCAGCAAUUAUUCAUAUUUUCUUUUGAUAGUGAUUUUCUGAUUAAUAAUACCAUGUUUACUUUUAAAAAGUUGUGUAUUGUUACCAGACAAAAUAUUUCAAGUUAGCAAUUUAAAGAAUUUCUUGCCAUUUUAAAAACAGCUAAAGCCAAAAAAGGGAAAUAAGGUGGUCUGAAAUUUUCGUAUUGAAAAUUACACUAUCUCUUCAUCAUAUCUGUGACUUAGCAUGAAUUCAUAUGAUGUUUCUAUGUAUCAUUUAAAGGGCAGAUUUUAACCAAAGGCUGCCAGUGAAAAUUGUCAUAACUAACCCUGUUGCAGUUAUUUGUGUUUUAUCUUAAAAUGCUUAUUCAAUGAUCUGGCAUUUCUGUAGGUUGUAGAAUUAAAACUGUAUAUGGUUGUAUAUACAAUGUUAUAUAUGUUUGUUAGUGCAUAAUGUUGAUGCUUUUUAUUGGGAUAUGAGGUAUUCAUGGAAUAAACCUCAUUUAUAUUGGAAAAA